CCCUUACCACUGGCCACUAGUUCUCAUUCCCUGCAGUCGCCAAAACCGAAAAAAGCCUAAACCACUUGGUAGCGCGCAUGCGUGACCUUGAGACAAGGUGACCGGUUGGAAUUGUCUCUCGAAGAAGGGGAAAAUCAUCACUUGGGGUCCAUCGCUCCGUCAGUCAAGGAGCUUGUACCUCCACCAUAAACAAAUAAUUCAUAAAAGCACCAAUAAUCGUAUAAAUAAAUCAACAACUCAACAGUAGAAGUGAUUUAACAAAUUGUUGACUGAAUAAAAAAAGUGAAGAUGUCAAUGAGCGAUAUAGAUCAUGAGAAGAAGAAACAAAUAUCAGUUAGGGGUAUCGUUGAUGUCGCCAAUGUUAUAAAUAUAAAGAAGGCCUUCAACCGGCAUGUUCAUUACACCCUUGUGAAGGAUAGAAAUGUCGCAACAAGCAGAGAUUAUUAUUUUGCAUUGGCACACACUGUCAAGGAUAAUCUCGUGUCGAGGUGGAUCCGUACACAGCAGCACUACUACGAGAAUGAUCCUAAGAGAGUCUACUACCUCUCCCUGGAGUACUACAUGGGCAGAACUCUACAAAAUACCAUGAUCAAUCUGGGUAUUCAGGGGGCAUGUGAUGAAGCAAUGUAUCAGAUGGGUCUUGACAUUGAAGAAUUAGAGGAACUCGAGGAAGAUGCAGGUCUGGGUAAUGGUGGUCUAGGUCGUCUAGCCGCCUGUUUCCUGGACAGCAUGGCGACUUUGGGACUAGCAGCCUACGGUUACGGAAUUCGGUAUGAGUACGGUAUCUUCGCGCAGAAGAUAAAGAACGGUGAGCAGUCGGAAGAGCCCGAUGACUGGCUGCGUUACGGAAAUCCCUGGGAGAAAGCUCGCCCAGAGUUCAUGCUUCCCGUGCACUUUUACGGUCACGUUAUCGAAACACCGGAGGGUAAAAAAUGGGUAAACACCCAAGUCGUGUACGCAAUGCCAUACGAUUCUCCAAUUCCUGGGUACAAAAACAACCACGUGAACACUCUUCGUCUAUGGUCGGCAAAAUCGCCCAUUGAAUUCAACCUGAAGUUCUUCAACGACGGCGACUACAUUCAAGCUGUAUUCGAUCGAAAUCUGGCUGAGAACAUCAGUAAAGUCCUCUACCCCAAUGACAAUUUCUUCGAAGGUAAGGAACUCCGAUUGAAGCAAGAGUAUUUUAUGGUGGCAGCCACUCUCCAAGAUAUCAUCAGACGCUACAAAUCCAGCAAAUUCGGUUCUCGCGAUCACCACAGAACCGAUUUCGAGCAAUUCCCAGACAAGGUAGCUAUACAACUCAACGACACUCAUCCAUCCCUAGCGAUUCCUGAGUUGAUGCGAGUGCUUAUGGACGUGGAGGGUCUUUCCUGGGAGAAGGCAUGGGACAUAACAACUCGCACUUGUGCUUACACCAAUCACACAGUCCUGCCAGAAGCCCUGGAGCGCUGGCCAGUAUCAAUGCUCCAGAGUAUCCUCCCUCGCCACCUGGAGAUCAUCUACCACAUAAAUUUCCUCCAUCUUCAAGAAGUUGGAGCCAGAUAUCCAGGUGAUUUUGAUCGCCUUCGGAGGAUGUCCCUGAUUGAGGAGGAUGGCGAGAAGCGAGUGAAUAUGGCCCAUCUCUCUAUCGUAGGAUCACACGCCAUCAAUGGUGUCGCCAGGAUUCACUCCGAGAUACUGAAGGACUCAGUCUUCAGGGAAUUCUACGAGAUGCAUCCUGAAAAAUUCCAGAACAAGACUAAUGGCAUAACCCCCAGGCGAUGGCUCUUGCUCUGCAAUCCUAAUCUCUCUGACGUCAUCGAGUCCAAGAUCGGUUCCGAUUGGGCUGUUCAUUUGGAGCAGCUUCAGCAGCUGAAGAAGUGGGCGAAGGAUCCCAAUUUCCAGAGAUCUGUGGCUAAAGUUAAGCAGGAAAAUAAACUCCGACUGGCUGAAUUACUCGAGAAGGAUUACGGAGUCAAAGUGAAUCCUGCUUCUCUCUUCGAUAUUCAAGUGAAGCGAAUUCACGAGUACAAGAGACAGCUGUUGAAUUGCCUCCAUAUUAUUACGUUAUACAAUCGAAUUAAGAAGAACCCUUCGGCUCCCUUCGUGCCGAGGACCAUUAUGAUCGGAGGAAAGGCAGCUCCUGGUUAUCUUCUGGCCAAGAAAAUUAUUAAGCUCAUUUGCAGUGUCGCUCAGGUCGUUAAUAACGAUCCCAUUGUUGGUGAUAAACUCAAGGUCAUCUUUUUGGAGAACUAUCGAGUUACUCUCGCUGAGAAAAUCAUCCCAGCGGCUGAUCUCAGUGAGCAAAUAUCCACUGCUGGUACUGAAGCCUCUGGUACUGGGAACAUGAAAUUCAUGUUGAAUGGGGCUUUGACCAUUGGAACUCUCGAUGGCGCUAAUGUUGAAAUGGCUGAGGAAAUGGGUAAUGAGAAUAUUUUCAUAUUUGGAAUGACUGUUGAUGAGGUUGAGGAUCUGAAGAGACGUGGUUACAAUGCUUGGGAUUAUUACAAUAAAUUACCAGAGGCGAAACAGUGUAUCGAUCAGAUCACUGGAGGAUUCUUCAGUCCUAAUAAUCGUGAUGAGUUCAAGGACAUCGGGGAUGUUCUCAUGAAGUGGGACAGGUUCUAUCUACUGGCAGACUUCGAGGAUUAUAUCAAGACUCAGGAUAAGGUCUCCAAAGUCUAUCAGGAUACCACCAAGUGGGUGGAAAUGGCUAUUCAUAAUAUCGCGAGCUCCGGGAAAUUCUCCUCGGACAGGACCAUUGAAGAUUAUGCCACGGAGAUUUGGGGGGUUGAACCCUCGUGGAAGGCACUGCCUGAUCCUCAUGAGCCCAGAGAUGUCUAAGGAAACAUCCGGAUAACGGGGCGGGGUUCAGAGGGGUGAUGUGCGAGAGAAUGCUAAUUAAAAAUUUGUUGACUGAGAGGGGCUCCACUGUGUGGGGAAUAUCUUGAAAAUUCAGGGAUUGAGAAAAUGAUAUUGAUAGAAUUCUCUAGUGAAGUUGUAAAACAAAUUAACUUAUCUCGAGCCUUGGGCUGUGAUAGAUAUCUCGAAAUUGAGAAGUCAGGGACGAUUUUUUUUUCUCCACAAAAAAUAUUGUCAUGGAAAUUUUGCCAUCUUCCAUAAUUAUCGAGACGUGCAGCACAAAAUAAAGUUGCAGAUCAGUUGACUUAUCUUGUUCUCCCACUUCGCUACAGAUUUUUUUCUAGCUCGUUAAAUUGUCUAUGAAAGAGGUCCAUUUAAAUUUCUCUUUAAACCUUUUUCUCGUAAAGAUGUUUGGGAAAAUAUGGAAAGAAAUAAAAAUUACUUAUUUAUUCGUGGAAAAUUCUGUGCUAAAUGAUGUAUUAACAUCUAUUUAAUGUUUUUUCUUGAGAGACAUUUAAAAAUGUGGGAAAGUAAAUUUUCAAAAAUUUUGAAAUUUCUAAAAACUAUAUAGUCGUCAUUUCCGAAAUAUUUUGAGAACGAUAGGAUUAAAAGAAAUUAAGACUUCUGUGCAACUGAAGAGUCUUUAAGAAAUGUAUUUUCAUCUCAAUCUACUAGUUCAAGACAUACCUGCUACAGAAUGUUUAUGGAUUAAUUUGUUUUUGAUAAUUUUCGUUCAUUUUCUUAAUCGAAAAUGAAUUGUAAAUUAUAUCUGCUGGGUUCAAUGGUAACUCUCUUGCAUCCUCAUGGAUAAACAACGAAAAAGAAAUCUCAAUAUUCUAUAGUUAUUUUUAAAAUUCAUCAACAAGAAUGCAGUUUAAACGUCUAGUGAUGAUAACAUUAUCAGCUCACAUAUUUUUUCCCACACUUGAGAUUUUCAUGCCAAAGUUCAACGCUCAUUGCGCCAGUUACAAAUGUGUUCCGAGAGAUUUACGAAAAUGAAAGGAAAGUUUUACAGUCUGUUAAAUAAAAUUGUCCGAAGUUUAGCAAAAAGUAUUUGUCACAUACAAUAUUUUUUUAAAAUACUCCAAUCGAUAUUAGAGGAGAGGUACAAAGAAAUAAUGAGAAUUUAUUGUUACACGAGAGAGCCACAACCGGUGAUCAAUUAAUUUAUACGAUGAGAUCUAAAUAUACAGUCAUUAAUGACUUUUAAUUCAGAAUUGAUGAUCAAUGAUAUCUCUGUAUGUUAUUGAUGCUUCGUGCCAUCUGUUUUUUUAUAGGUGGACUGGUAGAACAAAUAUAUGCAUUGCCGACUGUUUAAA